AUGCGCACCAUCAUCUUGACCCUCCUGGGACUGGGUGCGUUGGUGCCCCAAGCUCUCGCCGAUGACACCCUCAGCACCAAGGGAUUCAGUCUCUGCAUGAAGGAUUCGGAUAUUGCGGUGCAAAAGUUGGAUGUGUCUUACUCUAAAUCAACCAGAAAGGUUGUCUUCGACGUGGCGGGCUCCAGUGCGAAGGAACAAUAUGUCACUGCCUCUCUGGUGGUGACGGCUUACGGUCAUGAGAUCUAUACAAGGACCUUCGAUCCCUGUGGAACGGAUAUUCACGUCGAUCAACUAUGCCCCGUCCCCGCAAAGGGUUUCGCCGCCAGCGGUGACAUUGUCGUCCCCGACGAGUACGCCAGUCAAAUUCCCUCCAUCGCCUUCAAUAUUCCCGAUCUCGACGGUCAGGCCAAACUCAUCCUGACGUCAAACAGUACCGACGUGGCCUGCGUGCAGUCCAAUCUAUCCAACGGCAAGACCGCCAGUGUAAAGGGUGUCUCUUGGGCGUCGGCCGGGAUCGCGGCCGGUGCGCUGGCCUUGGGUGGCGUCUCUGCGUUGAGUACCGCUGGAGUCAGUGGGGCCCCCUCCGCCAGCCCGUCCGCCGGAGAUGUGAUGGGAUGGUUUGGCUCUAUGGCGAUGAAUGGCAUGCUGAGUGUCAGCUACCCGCCUGUCUACCAGAGUUUCACCAGAAACUUUGCUUGGAGCACAGGCCUGAUUCCCUGGGCGAGCAUGCAAAAUUCGAUCGACAACUUCCGCAAGUCCACUGGAGGCAACUUGACCCACAACAGUUAUACUUAUCUCUCGGCUCUGAACACGGCCACUUCAACACAAACCACCAAUGCUUCUUCCACGGCCUCCAAGCGUAGCGCAGAGUUCGUCUACCAGAGUCGCCACCUGUUCAUUCGGUCGUUGGAUUUCUCAGAAAACAGCGGGUCGAACGGGACCGGCACUGCCAAUGCCACCAGCAGCUCGUCUGGUGGUCUGACCUCGUGCGGUGAUGUCGUGUCCAACAUCAAGUGCUAUGCUCAGGAGGUAAUGAUUCCUUCCGCCAACGUCUUCAUGACGAUCCUUUUGGUCUUUGCUAUUGUUGUUGCGGUCAUUGUGGUCGGUAUUCUGUUGCUCAAGGUAAUUUUGGAACUCUGGGCCCUGUAUGGCAACUUCCCCCAGAAACUGGCCAACUUCCGUCGUGAUUACUGGGGUCUCAUGGCGCGAACCAUCACCAACAUGAUUCUGGUCCUCUACAGUAUCUGGGUCUUAUACUGUGUCUACCAAUUGCGAAACGGUGAUUCCUGGGCCGCCAGGGUUCUCGCUGGUGUAACUUUGGGCGUCUUUACGGCAGUCCUCGCCUUCUUUGCAUGGAGAAUCAUCUACCUUGCGCGCAAGUACAAGAAGACCGAAGGUGAUACUGCUGCUCUGUACGAGGACCGCGAGACCUGGCGCAAGUACAGUUUGUUCUACGAUUGCUACAAGAAGGAUGUCUGGUGGAUCUUCGUCCCCGUCAUUGUCUACGCUCUCGCCAAGGGAUGUAUCAUUGCCGGUGCUGAAGGCCACGGCAUGGUCCAGACCAUCGGUCAAUUGGUUGUCGAGUGCUGCAUGUUGGCUCUGCUUCUGUGGAACCGUCCUUAUGCUACCAAGUCUUCGAUGGGUAUCAACAUGACCAUUCAAGUUGUCCGUGUCCUGUCCGUCAUCUGUGUGCUCGUCUUUGUCGAGGAAUUAGGUCUCUCUCAAACCACCAAGACCGUGACCGGUAUCGUGUUGAUUGCCGUGCAAUCCACUUUAACGGGUGUUCUUGCCAUUCUCAUCGCCAUCAACGCUAUCAUCUUUUGCGUGCGAGAGAACCCCCACGCCAAGAAACUUCGCGAAGCCGAAAAAGCCAACAAGGAUCUCGAUGAUCUCACACCGCUUGAUGCCCGCGAAUCUCUUCUGAUUGAUCACCCACCCAAGCGCGACUUUACCGAGAUGAGCAAGUUCAACUUUACCACCCCUUACGAGCCAUACCGGGAUCAACCGAUGCACCGAUCUGAAAGCCACGAGCACUUGGUCAACGCUGACCAUGGAGUCACCCGUGGUAUCGCUUACGACCGCAGUCACAGCUCUGCUGUGGAUUCUCGUUCCUCUAUGGAAGGUCGCAAGCCGACUGCCCCCGGUUAUGGCAUGGCCUACUGA